AUAGUAUUUCAGUACUGGCAGUAAAUAUCAGAACACACUUGAAUACAACCAUGCUUUUGUGUCCAUACAUAUGAUUGUUUACAUAUUUGUUUUUAUUUUAUUACGACAGUGAUUUGUUAUAACUCUUGUAAAAAUGAUGAUAUUUUAUAUUACCAUAACGAGCACGUGAGUUCUGGCAGACAUUUCAAAACGGAAAUUUGCAUAUAUCAACAGAUAAUUUUUACAAGUUCGAAUAAAUUUGCAAAUGUUGAAAUGGCACAACGAUUAAGCAACAAGGCAAAACUUAAAUCGUUAUUUACUGUGACAAGCAGUGCUGUUUCUCUAUUUGCAGGAAUCUCGCUCUAUCAAAACAAUGAAAAAUUUUAUAGCGAAGUUAUCAUACCUCUAGCUCAAUUGUUAGAUCCAGAAACUGCCCAUAAUCUUGCGGUGAAAUCUCUGAAAUGGGGUCUUGUAUCGAAGCAGAAAACAGAAGAUUCCAGUUUACUUCAAACUACCAUGUUGGGUUUAAAGUUCAAAAAUCCAAUUGGCAUGGCUGCAGGAUUUGAUAAACAAGGAGAGGCAGUAGAAGGAUUGCACAAAAUUGGUUUUAGUUUUGUGGAAAUAGGAUCUGUAACACCUGAACCGCAACCUGGUAAUCCAAAACCCAGAGUGUUCAGACUACCGGAAGAUUACGCAAUUGUAAAUAGAUAUGGAUUUAACAGUGAUGGUCAUGGUGCUGUAUGGGAACAUCUCAAGAAACUGAAAGAGAAGAAAAACUUUAAUGGUAUUCUUGGAGUAAAUUUAGGGAAAAACAAAGAGACAAAAGACCCAGUUCAAGAUUACAUUGACGGCAUAAAAAAGUUCAUGGAUGUAGCGGAUUAUUUUGUGAUUAAUAUAUCUAGUCCUAAUACUCCAGGUUUAAGAUCUUUACAAAAUAAGAAAAAUUUAGAAGAAUUACUGACUAGAAUAAACUCAGCAAGAGAAUUGCUUAAUAGCAAACAACCAUUACUUUUAAAGCUUGCACCAGAUUUGUCAGAUUCUGAGCGACAAGAUAUAGCAGAUGUCAUUUUAAAGAAAAGAUCUAAAGUUGACGGUUUAGUUUUGUGCAAUACAACAAUCACGCGACCAAAUUUGAGUAAUUUGAAUAAGGUAGAAAGUGGAGGUCUCAGCGGUGCACCUCUUGCUGAUAUUUCUACAGCUAUCAUUUCUGAUAUGUAUCAACGAACACAUGGUAGUAUUCCAAUUAUCGGUGUAGGUGGUAUCUUUUCUGGUGCUGAUGCUUAUGUUAAAAUAAGAGCUGGUGCUUCGUUAGUACAACUUUAUACUUCGUAUGUAUAUUACGGACCACCAGUAGUAGGCAAAAUUAAACGAGAAUUAUGUGAAAUACUUAAAAGUAAUGGUUUUUCUUCUGUAACUGAUGCAAUUGGCAAAGAUACCAAGAGUAGAUAAAUAUAUUUAUUGUAAAUAAAAUACUUUUAUAUUACACAAAUAA